AUGUUGCUGCCAAUAAUGUUGACCUUCCUGUUGCUUGCAACGGCGUCUGCUCUUCCAUGUCACGUCCAAGGUUGCCACCCUAAUCGCCAGUAUCUUAUUGACUUGUCGCACAGCAGCUCGGGCGUUUCAAUUGCGUGGAAGACCGAGUUUGCGAGGUACCAACCUCAAGGUGACGGAUGCACAUCAGUCUGCGACAAAGUGGCAUGUCCAGUCAUCGGCUCUCCUGGUCUCGUGGUUUUUUCCACAAAUGGAAAGAUUUUAUGGACAUCCAACGAGUUGACUUCCCCUCCUCUUCCCCUUUUCUACGUGUCCGAGGGUGUAAUGGAUUGCGACGGUAAGAAACUAGUCGGUUAUUUCUAUAACGGGACAACAAGAGGUCGACCAAUCGAUAUCUUGUAUCCGUCGCGUGCAUUCGGUGUGACCAAGACAGAAUCGGAUAUUUUCACGCUUGCGUUUAGUCAUGGCAUGUUGUACACGUUUGAUAUCCUUGCCAUACCGAUUGCCAGCAUUUACCUGAAGGAUACGGUGAAGGGAAUGAAUGGCACGUUUCUCCCUUAUCUCACGCCCGCGGUUGGUGGAGAAAUGAUAUACUUGUUGGCGUAUUUCAUGCCUGAUGGUUGCUCCAGUUCGGAUGAUGCUUCGAGUGUGUGUCUUGAGAUGUCUGCUGUUCACCGGUUGUAUGCAGUCAAUAAUACACACCUGAUGGCACCACGAAUGAAUGUCACCUGGCACUUUGAGUUUGAAGUCAACAUCGAAAAGGGUGAAAAAAUUGAACGGCCAAAUCUUCUUUAUUUUGAUGAGAUCGUCUACUUUUCUGCUGUCGUGAAAGAUAAAGAUUCGAACGGUCGUUCGACUGUGUUUGCAGUUUCAGAUCAAGGAUAUAAAUAUCGUCAGUUGUGGAUGCAAACAUUUAAUGACACCGUGCAUGCAAUAUCCUAUUACACUAAUACUAAUACUGACAGUUCUGCGGAUGACAGAGUCCAUCAAAUCAUCGUCACAACUGUGAGCAAUGAGGACACUAUAUUCACUAUUCUUGAUCCAUACACAGGUGACAAGAGAUCAGUUACAUCACUUCGAGAUGUCAUAUCAGAUGACGUCACAGUGACUGUCACAUCAGAUGUCAUGGUUGCAUUGCCAAAUAGCAACAUGUCAUCACCAGCUAUUUUGAUCUUUGGAUACGCAAUCACAGAUACUAGAAUAAUCGGCUCUACGGAGCACAUGGUAGGAGCACUACAACUAGGAACUAAUCCGACCAUUCUAUGGAAAAUCCCGACACCUGAUGGUCAUCCUGUUGUCGGACAGUUGGCAAAUUAUGACUGUGAUAUUGGCAAGCCAUCUGAACAGCUAGUUUGCACAACAGAGAAGACUAUAUUUUCAAUACGAAUAAACAAGGUGUUAUAAGCUCAUAUGUAGAUUCACAUCAUAUAGAUAGCUGUAGUUGUGCCACAAUCAGUCAGUUGUAUUUGUGUUUGUAAUAUCUGUAUGAAUGGAGUUGCUGUGGAUGCAGCUCUAUUUUGACCACAUAGUCGGUCACCUUUAGCUGUAAUCAGUUGAGUCUGAAUAAACUGCACUUGAUGAUUCAAAAU